AGAGGAGGGGAGUGGAGCGCGGGCAGGGUAAUGCGUGCACAGACAAGUGCGUUAAACUCCUCUAGAAUUCCUCCAGGAGAAAUGCACAUUUAUCCAAGCGCCUAAACCGCGAUAUUUCUCAAAUGUUGCUCUCUACAUUCUCUAGUUUCUUUGCUCGGAAUUGUCCUUUUGACCCGCCUUCCAUCUAAAAGACAUGCAACUUUGGCAGCGCUUGGCAACCAGGUAGUGGGCAGCUGUACAGCAGCAUGCAGUUUCUAGCAAACAGUAUUCCCUGGAUCUUUGCUGAGUCAAUCCAUGGCCCCUUCGUUUGUGGAAUGUAUAUUCAGAUGGUCUGACUAACGCCUAAGUGGAAGAAACACGCAGAAGGGCGAGGGAGAAUGGCUUCGAAAGAGCGACUGUACGAGCUGUGGAUGUUAUAUUAUACUAAGAAAGAUGUCGUUUACCUGCAGCAGUGGUUGGAGGCAUUCGUGGCGUCUUUUGAGAAGGCCAUUGAUGUGCAGUCGACGGAGCCUCGCCGGCUGGAGGAAUGGAGCGUCGAUGUCCCGCUCCUCCCCAAGGAGGUAUUGAUGUUCCUCAGCACCCAGCUGUGGCACAGCGCCCUCCACAUGUCAGGGCAGGAUCAGAGCAGCACUGCUCCACACCCACUGCUCCUCAUCAAGUUCUUCAUCAUCAUCUGCAGAAAUAUGGAGAAUAUAGACUCUGAAAAGACCCCGGGUUUUGUGUUUGAGACGAUCAAGCUCCUAAACUUCUGUUUGACUCAGCUGAAGAAGCAGCCAGAUGAUCAGAGCACUUUACAGUCGGUGGUACAGCAUGGCCUGCUGCUGUGCGAAAAUCUCUUUGACCCUUAUCAGACGUGGAGGAGACGGCAGGCAGGGGAGGAGGUCAGUAUGCUGGAGAGAAGCAAGUAUAAAUUCUCCCCCCUUGUUCUACCAGAGGAGCUUCCUUUGCUCUUCCACGACUACCUACAAGAGAGUGAACUAAUCCCAGAGCCGCUCGUGGUGAGGCUGGUGCAUCUUCAGGGAGCUGUAAUCAGUGGAUGCAAGAGAAACGGCCUUCUCUCCAUCACCCCCCAGGCUGUGAAGGACCUCAUGUCUGUGCUGCGUUUCUGGUGCCUCACUCCUGCCUCAUCCCCACAAGAGCCCAAGGACCCUCGGCUGCUCAAAAUGACCCUGCGGUGCCUGACUGCAAUGAUCCACCUUCUGCACUCCAGCAGCCCGGUCGACAGGCAGGUAGAGAUCCGGAUUGUACUGGACGGUUACUUCCAGCUGCUCAACUGGAACCGGCCGCCGGACAGCCAGCAGGGAGAUAUGCAGACCUGGGAGGAUAACCUCAUUACACUUCUCGAACAUAUGUUGAAUGCUAUCCCAGAGAUCCUGCAGUGUUCAGACCGGCCGGUGUUGCAGGCUAUCUUUCUCAACAACAACUGUUUCGAGCACAUACUCCGCCUCAUCCAGAACAGCAAGCUAUAUCAGAAUAACAGGUUUAAGGUGGAGUGUGAGGGCCAGUGUGACCUCACUACACGUUUGCUCACAGAGGCUGAAGUGGAGCAGGUCUGGGAAAAGGGCUCUGACUGCAUCACAGUACACGCCAUUCGAGUUCUCACCGCCAUUAUGAGCAACUCGCCCUCAGCCAAGGAGGUCUUCAAGGAGCGGAUUGGUUACUCACAGUUGUUUGAUGUGUUGAAAAGUCAAGGACAGCCCACCAAAAGACUCCUGCAGGAGCUGAUGAACAUGGCUGUUGAAGGAGAGCAUUCCCUGGCCAUGCAGUUGGGCAUCAGUAACGAACAGCCUUUGCUCCUGCUGCUGCAGUGGUUGCCUGACCUGGGCUCUCGCUCUCUGCAGCUGCUUGUGUCCCAGUGGCUGGCGGCCGUGUGUCGAGGAAUUCUGUCCUGCCGCACUGUAGCCGUUGAAGCAGACUUAGUAGGCGCUCUGCUGGAGGUGCUGUCCGAACCCCCAGUGCGGCUCGACCGGCAGUGCGCAGACGCCCUCUUGGGUUUGCUUCAAGACUUGGGAUCUCUUUCUUUACGGCCCUGUGAACUGAAGAGUCUGCUGAAGCUCUUGUGUACUGAGCCCGGUGCACCCCCUCACCCGUACUGCGGGCGCGUGGUAAGGGUGCUUUCUGCCAUGGCCGCCCGUGGAGAGGGUGGGUGCAGCGCCUUGCAGUAUUUUGACCUUAUGCCCCCUAUGGCGGGUAUUAUGGUGCCAGCUAUACAGCGCUGGUCAGGAAGCGCAUUUGCUUUCCAUGCCUGGUUGUGCCUCAACACAGACUUUCCUCCACCCCAACACCACUACUCAGAAUCCCACCUGACAAACCCGGAUAAUAUGGUUCGAAUGGCUAAGGGACCACGCAGGAAACAGCUUUACAGUUUCUUCACAGCAAGCGGAACUGGCUUUGAAGCGUUUUUCACCACAGAAGAAGUUUUGGUGGUGGCAGUAUGUACUAAAAAGGAGUACAUGGCUGUUUCCCUGCCAGAACACCCACUGAAUGAUUGCGCCUGGCACUCAGUUGCCAUUGUUCACGUUCCUGGCCGUCGGCCCUUUGGACAGAACGUGGUCACUGUUUAUGUGGACGGAGUGCAGUGUAAAACAGCACCCCUGCGCUUUCCUUCUCUGAAUGAGCCAUUCACUUCCUGCUGCAUUGGAUCAGCUGGUCACCGGACCACUACUACCACGACUACCUCUCCGACCCUGCCCAACCCGUCCCACUCGCCCUCCGAGAUGGCAUUUGCAGCUCAUACUGGGCCACCCACCCUUGCACGUUCCCAGUCCUUCCCUGCAUCCUUUGCAGCAGCCGCAGGGGGGCGGCCAGGUGUGAGUCGGGACAGUCUCGUUCACACCAUCCCAGCAGGGCUACAGGACACUGCGUGGGGCUCUCCUUCAUCACUGGGUGGCCUUUUAGCCACAGUGUUCAUCUGCCAUGAAGCUCUGCAGCCUGCUCAGGCACGAGCCCUGUUCACUGCAGGUCCCAAUAAUGUUUCUCUGUUCAAAGCUGAUGGUGAACCUUCAGAAGUCAACAGUAAACUAGUUUUAUACUAUACACCACAGGCCUUUAAGAGCCAGAUCUGUUUGGAUUUGUCCCCCAACCAUCUUUACGAUGGCAGGCUGACUGGUCACAGAGUGGUGAACUGGGACGUCAAGGAUGUGCUGAGCUCUGUAGGUGGGAUGGGAGCUCUCCUGCCCCUGCUGGAGCAGGUGUGUUUACUGGAUCAGGGCGAGACUGUAGGUCAGGAGACUUCAGAUCUUCUCGGGCCAGAGCUCACGUCCUCCAGGGGCCCCGCCGGCAUGCUGCUGCCACUGGGGAAGUCAUCUGAGGGCCGUUUAGGGAAGAACAGUGUAGCAGCGUUUUUGCUGAUGAUUAAGAACAUGCUGCGCAACCAUCCAGCCAAUCAGGAGAGUCUGCUUCAGUGCCACGGGCCGCCCAUCAUCGGAGCCAUGCUCGGCAAGGUUCCCAGCAGUAUGAUGGACAUGAGUGUACUGAUGGCCUGUCAGUUCCUGCUCAAGCAGGUGUCCAACGAGGGCAACAACGCCCUCCUAUCACAGCUGUACCAGUACCUGCUCUUUGACUUCAGGAUCUGGAGCCACAGCCACUUUGCAGUCUGCCUGGGUCAUGUGCAGUACCUAACCACCGUCAUCAAUGAAGGCAAGCUGAAGACUCGUAAGAGGUAUGGUGUUCAGUACAUCCUGGACUCGAUUCGGACACACUACAGUGUGGAGAAGGAUGGCAGUCCUCUGUCUGAUGAGAGGCAGACGGUGCAGAUCUCUCUUUUCGCUCUGCUGAAGGACCUUCUGAAAUCUCCCACUGCUGAGGAGCUGCACAGUGUACUAGCCUACGCUGCUAUAGUGCAAGACGAGCAACAGAUGAUCAGUAUUCUGCAUGUGUUACACACUGUAUUGAGGAGUUCUCCUUCUCCACGGGAGCAGGCUGUGACGGUUCUUCUGGAGCGAGGGGUGGAGCAGCUCUACUGUCUGCUGCUCAAAACCAACUAUGGGGACGAGGCUCGUGAGAGAGUAUUCAGGGUCUUGUAUAAAGUCCUGAAGAGUGAACGUGUUCCUGAGCGCAGUAAAAUGCGCAUCAAACUCAAGGACUCCGGCUACCUUGGGCUGGUCUGCUCCUUUGAAGACGUCCCCAUCACCAUGGCGACUGUACGGUGUCUGUAUGAGCAGGUGCUCGCCACAGAUCCCACUCCGAAUUUUAGAGACCUGUUGGCAGUGGCGUACCUGUCCCAUCGCGCUGACCUCAGUGUCCGACUGGAUAUCUGUCGAAAGCUCUUCCACUUGAUCUACUCCAACGAAGAGUAUGUGAAGCAGCUCGCGCGUCAGUCAGGCUGGCAGGAUGUUCUCACCAAACUCUACAUCAAAGAAUCGUACGAGUCUCGUGCUCUCAGCCAAUCCAAUUCUUUAUCCAGUCCCACCAACUCUCUGGAGCCCGUUCUUCCCAGACCCGUCUUCCGCCGUGAGGACAGCGUAAUGGAGGACACCCGGCAGAACGUCUACAUUUCCCUCACCGCCCGCCAUGAAGAGGAGUACGAUGAGGAAGAAGGAGAAGCUCAGGAUGUGUCGGAGGGCUACUCUGACCUCUCACAGUCUCCUCCGUCAACCGGACAGCUCAAGAAUGAUUCCCUCCACUUCAAACCAUUUGACUCCGGAGAACAAAGCAGUCAUUCGUCCACCCUGUCCAACACUGUGGACAUUCCAUCAUCGUCCCAUUUGCUGGAGGAAGAAGAAAACGCGUAUCAGCCGCUCUCACCCUUCAGCUCACCCUUUGAGAUGGAACUAAGCCUUCAGAAAGGGCCCCAGACACCUGUGGGUAGCCAGCCAGAGACCCCCUCUCCUCUGGAACACAGUAAGAGCUUCCCAGGCAUGAGACCACGCAAGAGCUCCAGUCUGUCCAAUGUUCUGGACGACACAAGCUACAGCACCGAACCUCCUACAGACACCAUCUCUAACACAUCCAACCCACAGGCUCCCGAGGAGGAGUUGUGUAAUUUGCUGACGAACAUCGUAUUCUCUGUGCUGUGGAGCGGCACUGAGGGGUCUGAGGAUGUGAUAUGGAGAGAAAGGGGUCAGGUGUUCUCUGUCCUCACCAAGCUUGGCUCAUCCUGUCAGCUGGUGCGGCCACCUGAUGACAUCAAACGCAGUCUGUUGGAGAUGAUGCUGGAGUCGUCUCUGUCAGAUUUGAGGGACUCUCAGGGCGUGUCUCUGCCCCAUGUGCCUUCUUUGCUCCGCCUCCUCAGACUGCUCCAGGACUUCCUAUUCGCCGAGGGCACUGACAAUCAAACACUAUGGAGUGAGAAGAUUUUUGAGGGGGUGGUGAAUCUGUUGGAUAGGCUGCAGGCAUGGCACACGACCCCUGGGUCAGCGGGGUCCUCUGAGCUCAAAGAGAUGUCUCUGAUCGGCCUGCGUAUCAUCACUGGAUACAUUCAGCAGCAGCAGAGCCCACAGGUGUGUGAGAUGGCGUGUUUGAAGCUUCAUAGCCUGCUGCAAACUGUGUUAUGUCUGUCCUGGGAGGAGGUGUGUUUUCUUCUGGGUCGUCUUGGUGCACCACUUUGGCCUGCAAACUCUGACUCAGACCCGGGUGCCGAGGCUUUGCUGAGCCCGCUGGUGCCCAUCGUCCGAGCGCUUUUGGACCAGCAUGCGGAUCGCACCACCCUUCAGAAGAUGCUCCCCAACCUGCCUGCCACCAACGGCAGCCCCUCCUUCGCCCAGGAUCUCCAGAACUACUGCAGCAGUGCUGAGUGGCAGCAGUUCUACCAGAACCACGUGGGGCCCACGAUGCAGCAGUAUGAACUAGACACUUUUGGGAAGAGUCAUGACCUGAUGUCCAACUUUUGGAAUUCCUGCUUUGAUGACCUCAUGAGCACUGCACAGAGGAGAGACAAGGACCGUUCCGACUGCAAAGCCAAGUUUCAGGAGCUCAUUAUUGACCCGUACCUAAAACGGGUGCGCACAGAGAACAGCCGCUACCACAGUGUGCAGAAGAUGAGUAACAGCCAGCAGGGGGUGGUGGGGGGGCACUGGAAAUCACUGCGCAGGUUACUGAGCAGUGAGAGAGGAAUAUUUCUGCUCAGGGUUCAGCCAGAGGUGAAAUGGAAACUGUCAAGUGCAGAGACGUACUCUAAGAUGCGUCUGAAGCUGGUGCCAAAUUACAGCUUUGAUUCCCACAGUGAUGCCAGUGCACUGAGAGAUAACAUGGGAGCCGACAGUCCCCGCAGCUCAACCGAGCCCAUCCCGCUUGCAGUUGCCAAGGAAGCUAAAGUUAGCGACAUGGAGGAUGACAAACUAGAGGAUGAGGAUAUUGCCUUCAUUGAUGAGGCGGAGGAGGGCGAGGAGGAGAGCCAAAAAGAAAAGCUGGUGCUCUCAGAGGACUGUGAGCUCAUCACUAUUGUUGCCGUGGUACCAGGUCGUCUGGAGGUCACAACGCACCACCUGUACUUCUAUGAUGGCAGUAGUGAGAAAGAGGAGACCGAGGAAGGAAUUGGUUUUGAUUUCAAGAGGUCAUUGUCACAGCUAAGGGAAGUCCACCUGAGGCGCUACAACCUGCGGAGAUCAGCACUAGAGCUGUUCUUCAUCGACCAGGCACACUACUUCAUCAACUUCAGGAAGGGGGUGCGGAACAAAGUCUACUCCAGGAUCCUGGGUCUCAGACCACCCAAUCUGUUCUACUUUGGUUCUCGCUCUCCUCAGGAGCUCCUAAAAGCCUCCAACCUGACUCACAGAUGGGUUUGCAGAGAAAUCUCCAAUUUUGAAUAUCUGAUGCAGCUCAACACCAUUGCUGGUCGCACAUACAAUGAUUUAUCCCAGUAUCCAGUGUUCCCCUGGGUGUUGUGUGACUACACAUCUGCUAAAUUGGAUCUGGAGGACCCAGCUGUUUUCAGAGAUUUGUCCAAACCCAUUGGUGUCGUCAACCCUCGACAUGCACAGAACGUCAGGGAAAAGUAUGAGAGUUUUGAGGACCCAACAGGCACUAUCGAUAAGUUCCACUAUGGCACACACUACUCUAAUGCUGCCGGCGUCAUGCACUACAUGAUCCGCACAGAGCCCUUCACCUCAUUACAUAUACAGCUCCAGAGCGGCAAGUUUGAUUGUGCCGAUAGACAGUUUCAUUCAGUAGCAGCAGCGUGGCAGGCGCGGAUGGAGAGUCCAGCUGAUGUCAAGGAGCUCAUCCCGGAGUUCUUCUACUUCCCAGAGUUCCUGCAGAACAUGAACGGUUUUGAUCUGGGCUGCUUGCAAAUAAGUCAAGAGAAAGUCAAUGAUGUGUUACUUCCUCCUUGGGCGUCUUCGCCUGAAGACUUCAUCAGGAAACACCGCAAAGCUUUGGAGAGUGAGCAUGUGUCUGCUCACCUGCACGAGUGGAUCGAUCUCAUUUUCGGGUAUAAGCAGCGAGGACCUGAAGCGGUGGAGGCUCUCAAUGUCUUCUACUACUGCACUUAUGAGGGUAAGAGACCUCUUAUGAGUUCGUAUUGUACUCUCAAGGUGACAGUGAGUGCUAAUGGAAUGAUAGGCACUCAUAGCUGGCUGCCCUACGACAAGAACAUAGCUAAUUAUUUCACCUUCACCAGAGACCCCUCUGUGAGCAACCCAAAGACCCAGCGGUUCCUCAGCGGGCCGUUCUCCCCAGGGGUGGAAAUCGGGUCCCAGGUGCUGGUGGUGUCCACUGACGGGCGUCUGCUGUUCAGCGGGGGGCACUGGGACUGCAGCAUUCGGGUCACUAUGUUAGGCAAGGCCAAGCUGGUGGGCAGGAUCUGCCGUCACAUAGAUGUGGUCACGUGCCUGGCUCUGGAUCUCUGUGGUAUCUACCUCAUCUCUGGCUCACGAGACACCACCUGCAUGGUGUGGCAGGUCCUACAGCAGGGUGGUUUUUCUAGCGGUCUGUCUCCACGGCCCGUGCAGGUGCUCUGUGGACAUGAUCAAGAGGUCACGUGUGUCGCCAUCAGCACCGAGUUGGACAUGGCAAUCUCAGGGUCAAAGGAUGGCACAGUGAUCAUGCACAGUGUGCGUCGUGGACAGUACCUGCUUACCCUGAGACCGCCGUGUGAGAGCUGCCUUCCUGCCCCUGUGGCACAGCUGGAGGUCGGCAUAGAAGGGCACAUAGUGGCACAGACUGUUAUGGAGGGCCGCUCUGCUGGAAAGGAGAAGUACGCACUGCAUGUGUAUUCUGUGAAUGGCACUCUCUUAGCAUCUGAGACGUUGGACGAGAAGAUUUCAGCUUUGCAUCUGGUGCCUGACUACCUCAUCGUGGGCACACAACAGGGGAACCUUCACAUUCGAGAGUUGUACAGCUUGAGUCUGGCUGUGGCGCCCCUGGCCCUGAAGGUCCCUGUUCGCUCUGUGUCUGUCACGAAAGAGAGCAGUCAUAUUCUGGUGGGCCUGGAGGAUGGCAAACUCAUUGUGGUGGGAGCAGGAAAACCGGAGGAGGUGCGGUCUGGGCAGUUUUCCCGCCGACUGUGGGGCUCCACACGCAGAAUCUCCCAGGUGUCCUCAGGAGAGACCGAAUACAACCCCGUCGAGCCUUCUGCUAAAUGAGCCUCACAUGCCUUCAGCAAAACCUUUGCAUCCACAAGAGACGAUAGCGUCAGCUCUCCUGCACCGCUCGGCCGCUUUCCUUCCCUUCUAAAACAGAGAGCUUGGGAACAAGAGAGCAUAAAGGCAACACAAGUGGUGAACAUCCAAACGUGCACCUUUUUACAAAAAGGGAAAACGAGAAUUCUUCUCGAAAAUGCAAUGAUUUAUACUGCUUUUAACAAACAAACAUUCCAAAGAUUUUUGAUCAGGCGAAUCAGGCAGUCGCCUGCAAACUUUUUAAGUGUUGACGGCUAAGACUGAACUUUUUAAAAGCAGUAUGUUCUGUCCUGUGAAUCACAGACUGGCUGGAGCACUGAGCCCGAGGCACUGAAGCUCAGCGUGAUGGACUUAGUCUCUGUCACUAAGUGACAAACCGUCAUCACCUGAGCCGUUUUAUAGUCUAGUAGAUCUUCCUAUGCUGAUUUUUGCUUUUGUUCUGCUGAUCGCGCUCAGCACAGCAACACUGGUACUCCAUCUGACACUGGAAAACCUUCUUAUAUUCUUAUAUUGAGCAAUGUCGUCAAUGAAGCCAGAUUUUUCCAUGGGACAGGCACCAACAGAGACAUUUCAGCUCUGUGUAUGUAUGUGGGUGUAGGUGUUUGUAUCGCUUUACACGGUUCACUUUGUAUAACGCAAUAAUUAAUGUGACGCCUAAAUUAGAACACAAUUUUUUUUAUACUUGUUUAAUGAUGUGAAGCGCUUUGAGCCCUACUAAGUCUUGAGUCUUUAUUCAGUACCUCUGGUGCCUUAAAACAGGUAAACAAUAUAAAUGUCCAUAAUUAUGAUGGAUUAUUGCAUGAAAUGUAUUAAAGGGAUAGUUCACCUGAAAAUGAUCAUUUUGUCAUCAU